AUGGCGGAAUUCUUCAACGGUAUGGCGAUCGACCAGCCUGCUGGCACAGCUCGCCGAAACUCGCACGCUGCUGACUCGUGGUUGGAGCCAUGGCUCAUCAAACACGUUUCAUUCUACCGCAAGCACUUUUCCAAGAAUGGCAAAGACGAGUCGCACGCUACGAGACGUCACAGCGUAAUCUCCGAAGCUCUCAAAUCGAGAGAGAACUCCGUAGCUGAACCGUUACCCGAUGCUGUUGUUGCAGCUAAUGCUGCCUCCGAGGAGGGGCAAGCCACUGAUGCCAUGCCUGCUCCAGUUGAGGAGAAACGCAGGGAGAGUGAAGAGGCCUUGACGGAGAAGAAGAGCAAGCAUGGCCAUAACUGGAGGUCGAAUAUCGGCUGGCUGCCUCAUCCAUAA